UAUAAACAGUGAAAAUUACAACAUAAAGGACUUAUUAUUUCUUCUUUUGGAGUAAUUCUGCUGCUGGCCAAAGCCUGGCUCGUUUUGCAAAGAAAGGAAGGACAUUCUCUGCAGGUAAUUCCACUGCUUCAAGACUCCCUUUGUGUGCUGAUAAAGACUACCAGGCCCCUGACCCCAAGCCCAAGUGAACAAAGUUUCGGGCUCAAAUACCCAGAGGCUGCUAAUGUGGCUCACUUUCCCCACAUGUGAACUUCAGCCACGACGGCACAACAGGGACUCUGCCCUCUGAAUGCCCCUGGAUGUCCGUGUCACACCCCAUGGGGUUCUGUGAGGCUAUUUAGGAAGUUAAAUUUGCUCACAGAAGAGAAAGGAGACAGCAUGAAAGAAAACAAUGGACUCAAAGGAGGAAGCUUUGAUUGACAUAAAUAGGGAUGUUCCAUUAGGAGCAUCAUGUACCAGGAAAGAAGCCAAGCCCCGGGUCACUUAUUUCUCCACCUGUUUACAUGUGAUGGAAAGAAGAUGUGUUUAAGGUUCCUGUAGUUUUAGACUGGGAAUCGAUGUUCCCAGAAAGGAAGCCGUAUGUUCCAGACGUAGCAGGUUUCUUUUGGAAUUCACACAUUGGGAGUCUGGCGCUCUCCUCUAAAUGGUACUUUUGUUGUCUUUUUGUUCAAGAUCGCAAGCUUCUUACAGGAUCAGAACUGCCUGCCAACCUACCUUGAUAAACAGCCCACCAGCUCUCAUGGUAGAUCAGAGGAUUAAUAAUUAGCCUAACUCCUUGUUUAUCUAAGUGGUAACUACCACUGCAAUGGAAUAAGAUUUUAACUGCAGGGGAAGCCUUACGGAGAGCCCUCUCCCCUUAAGUAAAACCUACUGGCUGGGAAUGGCCAACAGAGCUGCCCAUACACAGAGGCAGAUCUCUGUGUCUGAGAUGCUGUCAUUAGAUGCUGCUCCAAAGACCUAAGGAAAUGUGCCCAGGAGAAGUGUAUGGUCCUAAUCCUUUCAACUGAGACUCGAUGGCCCAGCAAAGUAUCAAAGUGAGGCCUGUGCUUCUGAAACGUAACAGUCUAGAGUCUGUGGAGCUGGUGAAGCAACCUCACCACCGCAGGAGCAAAUCUCAGCAGGUCCGAUUCAAGGAAGAUGGCACCAGUAAGACUCCACCUGGCCUAGCUGAGGUGGAUGUCCAGACAUCCGAGGACCCGGCUGUAAUGGGCAAGACUCAGGCCUCCAGGCACCAUCACCUCCCCACCUACUCACUCUCCUUUCCCAGGUCCCAGAAGGCAGGGGGCUUUCGGAACAUCGCGAUCCAAACGUCCCCCAGUCUCAGGAAGCAUUUCCCAGUUUUUAAAAGGAAGAGACUCACAGCCAGCAAGUCCCUGGUGGAAAUGCCGACAGCAUCCCAAGAUGCCAUCCAGGUGAACGGCAAUCUCUCUGAGCAGGACAUUGUGUCCUCUGACCUUGCCUACUUACGGCUGGCUCAGCAUCUUGAGGAUGGGCCUCGAAGGGUCAAGGUGUCCCACCCGUUUCUCCCUAGAAUGUCCAAGGUGCAAAGCAAUGGGCCUGUAAGCAUAUGCUUUGAAGCUGGGACGUGGAGAGGCUUGGAGAAAGUAACAGCUGCCAUUCAGGUCCCAGAUGACAUUUACCACAGUCCUGCCUGGGGAGGAAGGGAGUCUACUUUGAGCCCAGACGGGUCUGCUGAGAUUAGCAACUCCAUACCCCCUUUGGUUGACCGGCGUCCAGGUGACGGAAGAAGAGAGCUGCCACCAGAUUCAGAAAGAAGCCCACCCUGCUUAAAUGCCCCCAGGAGGGCCAAUCACACGCCUGGCACAGGGAAACUGCAACCCGAACUGCUUUUGCCCAAAGAUAACUCCGAUGACAAAGACCUUGGCCCUCUGUCAUCUAGGUCAAAGGAAAGGUGUGCUCCCUCACAUCCAUGGACUCACAGCUCCCCUCCUCCUGGCUCCCACAGCCAGCCAGCCCAACUGGGGGGGGCUUCAGACUGUUCUUCAUCCAGUAACAAUUACCAGGAUCUGCAGCCACUCCAAACUAACAGUGAGUCAGAAUCUGGCCCUGUGUUCCAGGAGCAGACGGCAAAGAACCCCAUCAAGUCAGACAUCCCAGAGCUUCAGAACUGUCCAGGAAGUGGUUACCUCCCCUCCUCUCUCCCGAAAAGGGAGACCAAGCAGCAGAGAGUGACUGGGGGGAUUACCCCAAUUCACCUGGCGCAGGGAGAGCUCUGUGACCUCCAGGGCAGGCUGCAAUCUGUGGAGGAGUCUCUGCACUCAAACCAAGAGAAAAUCAAAGUCCUUUUGAAUGUAAUUCAAGACUUGGAGAAAGCGCGAGCUCUCACAGAAGGGCGCAACUUUUAUCGAACUGGCCAAGAUCUCAACAAUUGCAGUACCUGCCAGAACACGGCGUGCAUCAUAUACAGGUACCUGGCCACAACUGAGACCUGCUCUGUAGAGCACAGAAGUUGCGGGGUCCAUGGAACACUCUUGUAAUCUCUCUCAGAUGCAGAAAGUCAAGAAAGGGGCAAAGACAGAAGGCCUUUGGAUACAUAAGACAAAAAAAAAAGGUUGUUUGACUAUGAAAUGUUAACAUCUGGCUUCAAAGAAGGCAUUGCUUUGUUUCCUCACAAUAAGGUCUAUGAGCAAAUCCUUUUGAGAUCAUCACCCUUCCUCUCACUGAAUACUAAGCACAGGCACCUUGCUAAGCUCUGCAUGUCCGUUUGUAUCUCAUUUCACAGUAUACCUCUUGAAGUAGGUGCUCAUGUCCUCAGGGAAGUUUAGUCAUUUGGCCCCACUCACAUAUAGCAUUUUCAAAGAGCUGAAGGUGAUCUCAAAAUCAAAUAUUCAGAGACUCAGGACUCAGGUCCGUAUCUUUCUGAUACCAACCCCUAUUUAUGAUCCUGAUCGCUGUGCCACGCAUCCUGUUCCUCCACAGUAACUACCACAUGCCCAGCACUUAGACUGUGUCAAGAGCUGUGAUAAGCACUGUAUAUUCAGUUCUAAGUACAUUGUUUCCAGCAAGAGGUAAGGCUGCUGCAUUAGAGUGAAUGUUUAGAAGAAAUAGAAGGGAAACGUCAUACAGUGGUAGGAGCCCUAAACUAGGAGUCAUAAUCCCCAGAACUACAUCUGCUAACAUGUGUGGUUCAGUCUCCUCGUCUGCAGAGUGGAGACAAUUAUUCCUCUUGAGAGUUGCCAUUAGGAAUAAAUGAGAAAACACAUGUGAAUGCCUUUUAUAACAGUAAACUUCUGUACCAAUCAAAGGGCUUAUUCCUGUUAUUACUGGGACGAUCAAUGCCCAUUUAGCUGGCAGUCUACUUUCAGUGGCACAGUGGAAAAGUGGUCAAAAGCAGUCAUUCAGGUGAUGGCAUCUAAUUCUGUUUGAUUCUAAUUCUGUGUGAUUUUCUCUAUUACUUUUCUCUCUCGAUGAGAAAGGCAGUGAGGGUCUGAGCACACUGAAGCCCGACUGGGUUGCCUGUGUGUGUGUGUUUGUAAUGUCUCAUUCUCUGCAGUAGAACCCUGAGAUUUCACCCUAGCAAGGGAUGGGCACCUGGAAGUCAGGGGCUCCCACCUCAGUUGAGGUCCUGGACAUUUUCUCAUUGAACUGUCAAUUCUUUAAACCCAAAAGUCACAGGACCACAAAGUGUUUUCAUCAAAUACCAGGAGCUUCAGGAUUGCUCACAAAAAUAUGUCCUUUACCUUAGUGUGAAAUAGCUCCUCUUAAAAGGGAGCUCUGGAAAAGGCUUGGGCAUUGGAAAGAAUAAUUAAGGAGUCUCAUCAAUUGCUUACCUUUGUUCCUUCUUUUUUUUUUUUUUUUUUAAUAUUCCCUAUCUUAAGCAAAUUUCCUAUCACUAGGAGGACAAUACUCAUUAAACGUCUAGAUUCAGGGGGGACAAAAUCUUUUCCUCCUAAACAACAACAAAAUAUUUUUAAAUAACUUCCAUUUAAAGUUUGAAAAGUCUCUUUUUCCCAGCAGCCAAAUGAUAUAUUUCCUAUUAUCUUAAGAUGAGUUUCUAUUUAGCUUCUGUAAGUUAAAGGGACAGAUGAUUAUUUUCCCAUCUUCUGUGAGUUUCAUGCCCUGGCCUUGGGCAAAUCCCUUCUGGCAUCUGAGCUUCCUUAUCUGAAAAACGAAGGCCUUUGAUUAGAUGGUUCUUAUGGUCCCUUUUGGUUCUGACAUUCUGGUGUUCUAGGUUGAAUUAAAAGUGGUAAUAUUUGCCUAAACUAUAACCUUCCAACCAGUAUGAGAAUAUUUACAUUUUCCUAGUACUUACUUCAAAUGUCCCAAGCAGACAGUCUGAAUCCAGCCCUGAAUGGGUUAGCAAACCUCCAUCUGCACACCCCUUUCCAGGUUUCCAAGAAGGGCAGUCACUGCGUGUGUCUACCCCUCAUUGCCGGUCAGAGCCAGACUGCCCUCCCAGACAGUAUCUAUAUCGUUCUAUCUAGGCCAUUGUGAAGGAACGGGCAAUUAGUCUGAUGAAAGCAAAGAGAUCAGUACAACAUCCCUGUCUUAGUAACAGAGGAAGAUGAGAGCUGUCAUUUUUUUUUCCUUUUUUAACAUUUCAAAUGACUUCAAACCCUGUGUUAUGUUCUGGACAGUCAGAGCGUGCAAACUAAUAAAUAAGCAAUGUGAAACAGUCAUCUCCAGGCUCUGUGCAGCUGCAGGCUCUCUCCCUGAUGAUGGACGGACGCCCAGUGCACGUCACUGUACAUAAAGCACAUGGGCGCAUCAUGGACUGCCUGCCGGGUCUUCUUCCCUGGAGAUGUUGUAGCUAAGUUAGCAAUCCAUAAGGUUUUCUAAGUGGCUCCAUCAGCUGAAGGCUAUGACUAUGCUACUUGCUUCCAUCAAGACAAGAGGGGUCAAGGGUUCCAUCCGAAUCAUUCUCUCAGCUCCAAGCAGAGUCUUCUGCCCACUGCUCCUCAAAGCCUCAUUGGCUUUCUUCUUUCUCAGGUUCACUGUGAUAGAUCCUCCCUUCCCAAGGAGAACAGCACUAAGACGGAUGCCCAGAGAUCUCAGGUGUGACUCUCAGGACCUUCAUACACCAGGAAGGAUAAACUCCUUGGAGCCCUGACUGCUGUGGGACCCAAGGGAAGGGGGUAGGAAUUGGCUCUAUGACUCAAGCUGGCUCCAGGCUGUUUUAGUCCCCAAACACUCUCCUCAUCCCUCCUUAGCAUUACUCCUAGGACAACUUACUGAGAAGGUUUCUGAAUGCCUCCUGUGGUACUCAAAAUUAAAUAGCAUGGAAUUACUUAGUGAGAAGGUUGUUCUCUUUUCAAAUUGAUUUCAAUUCUUCUGAUUUACCUACAGGGAAAAAUCUGAGUUUGGUGCUAGAAUGUCUUCAAAACCUUUCUAACACUUACUUAUCACAGUUCUUUGCUAACAGUGAGCAUGUUUCAAUUUCAUAGCUAUGGGCAAGCAACAGUUCCCAACCAGAAUGUAAUCAUUUCUAAUUCUUUAUGGAAGCUUUUAACUUUCAAAACUAACCCUCCUAUAUAUUCACUGUUAUGCAGGUCUCCAUUUUCAAAAGAUAUAUUGCCUGUUUUGUAUACAUGUUUUUAGUCUAAAAAGUGAAUUGAUUUAAGAAGAAAAAAUUAAGUACAUAAUUGUGCAAGUGGUGUGGGGAGUUUCACAAAAACCCUGGAGGUGAUAAACAGUGAUUGCAAUUUGGGAAAACAGUGCCCUAAGGAAUCCUCUUCCUUUCCUCUUCUCAAGGUCGUGAGCUCUCUCCAAGCCACAUCCCUCCUCCUUCUCUCAGUCCAGUUUUCACUCCUCCAGCCACAUCUCCCUGCACUUCAUCUUCACAGUCACUCAAAAAUAAUCGCGGAGCCUCUUUGGAGGUCUUUGACUACACUGAUCAUGCCUUUAUUUUAUGGAUGUAGCUCCCAGGAAAACGUCUACCUGGUUUAAGUUAAAAUGCCUCAAAUAUUUUAAGGGAAAAGAAUUGGAAGUUUUGCUCAGAAAGAAAAAAAUUUCUCCUAUCAUCCAGGUGUGUUUCUUAGGAAAUGGAAAUAAAGAGCAAGCAGCAAACUAAACCAUUCUGAAUGGGCGAAGGGAAAGACUGGCCACAUAAGAUGUGAAAGGUGCUAGAGAGGAGAUGACAGAAGAGCGCUUGCUUGUUCAGGGGUCUUCCUGGACCGGCUGUCUCCUCUUCUUCUGCUCAGCCUCUGUUCAUGGUGUCAGCGGCACUCACAGAUUUUAAUAUCAGUGACAUCACCUUCCUCUAU